AAUCUCACAGUGGCCAGACACCGAGAUCGCUCUCCCUAUGUUCUUCCUCCUCCCAUGGCUAUGCCCCCGAAAUGACCCCAGCCUUGACCCUGACCACAGAGGAGCCCCUAGGGGCCAAUAAUAGGCCAGGCCCAGGGACAGGGAACAGGAGGGUUGAAUCUUCAGAGGAAGGAGGGAGCAGUGAGGCACCUCCUGCUGCAGUUUUCUUUGGAAUUUCAGAUGAGGGUGCUGAGCAGCCACAGAAGUGGAACUCGGAGUCUGAAGCAGAUCCGUGCAGACCAAACAGCAACAGGGCAAGGUGGACACGGCUUGGUCAAGAUGAGAGCCAAUCACAAAGACAGGUCAAAGAGACCAAGUCCAAAUGCAAGCGAAUUGCUCGCCUUCUAACUGAUGCACCCAACCCUCAAAAUAAGGGGGCCUUGUUGUUCAAAAAACGCCGCCAGAGGGUCAAGAAGUACACUCUUGUGAGUUACGGGACUGGUGACAGAAAGCUUGACAGUGAAGACCAGUUAGAAGAAGAAACUGAGGAACUAAGUACAGCUGGGUAUAACUUUGUUACGACCAGCGAUUCUGAAUUUGAAGAAGAGUAUUCUGUAUACCACUGUCAACAGGAUUUAAGUCUGAAUUGGAGAAGUGUUAGAGAAAUGGAAGCCUUACCCGGGACAAAAGGGAAAGGAGUUAUGAUGUUUGCACACCGACGCAAACGUAUGGAUGAAAUUGUGUCGCAGCAUUUGGAAGCAAUGUCAGAACCUGGAUGUGCGGAACCAAACAAUACCUAUGACACAAGAGAAACGUACGAUCAUUCUGAUUAUGAAAACUACAUGGACAGACACAUUCAACAAAUGAAUCAACAAAGAUCGAUGGUUACAAAUAGAACAGCAAAGCCCUUUUUGGGAUUUCAAAUUAGCCCAACUGAUCACGCAAUUCCUGCUGGUGCCUUUCCAGUGAGAAAGAAGUCUGAACCAAAAUUGAAGGUACCUGUUCCUAUUAUUUCGAGUCCACGUGUUUGGUCCCCAACUGGAGACAUCAUAGCUUCCAGAGAUGAAAGAAUAUCUGUGCCAGCAAUAAAGACCUGCAGCCUUCCAGAGUCAAGGCGUAAACAGACAUCGAGACAAAGAUCAGACCCUCGUCAUCAAAACAAAGGGCAAAGCAGAGCUUAUAUGGAGUCAGAGGAAGACUGUUUUAGUCUCGGUGCUGAAGCUUGUAACUUCAUGCAACCCAAACCAAUUAAGCUUAAGAAUCCUCCUCCGGUUGCACCAAAGCCUGCCAUCAACCCCAAGUGUCCACCUUGGCUAAGAGGUCCCCCUAGUGAACCCUGUAUUCCAUCAAGAAAACCAGGUUCACAACCUUCCAACUUUCCUGUGGGACAUCAAAGCCAGCACCGUUACUUCCAACAGGAUUUGGUUCAACCUCAAAAGUUGGCCAACUGUGGGGGAGUAGGUCAAGCAUCAGCAACAAGUCAAACACCAGCCACUGGCCGAGCAUUGGUCAGCUCCCCUUCUCAGCCUCAUCCUCAGCCAACCACAAAUAGCUGGAGCAAACAACUGCCAAGACCCACUGGACUUGGUAGAAGAAGCUCCCUUAGCCUGCCCAGGCGCCCCAGUUCUGAGUCUAAGUUACCUGUGAGCUCACCAGGACCCCGGUCAUGUCUGCAGCAACAGCAGCAAAAGCCUCUCCACAAAGCAGCCUGCAAGCCACCCACACCCUGGGAGGCGGCAUCCAGAAGCCCCUUUGGUUCGGUGGACGAUGCCUUCUUCAUCCAGAGCAUCCCGUCAUCGGUUGCUUCGCAUGUCCAAGUUGCAGGCCCCCGCAGGUCUCUGCCAGAGCCUCCAGAGGAAUGGAAGCGUAAGGUGUCGCUUGAUGCUCCACUUGUCAGCCAGGGUCACUGUCGUACGACCUCAGCUUAUCUGACAGUGCCCAUGAGAAUGAAAUGUACACCUGAGAAAACAGCAGUAUAUGGGCCUCCAUUUAGACCAGCCCAACUGCUUAAGUCUGCAAGCAGGCCCAGAAUUAUAUAAAACACACAAGAAAACAACAACAACACCAAAGUGACACCCUUUGUAUCGUGCAGUCCAAAGAGGUUAACUCAAUUAAAACAGAAGAUAUACACUUUGUACACAUAAAUUGUAUACAGCAAAUAUAGUAAUGCAAAGUAAUGUCAUACUUGGGAGGUGAAAUGUCUGUCCCAAAUAAAGGAAAAUGUGAUCAGUUAUGCCAAAGAUCUACAGUAUAUUUAUGGUCUUUGAUGAGCAGGAAUGUAUUAAUGACAUAAAUGAGCAUCCAUUUAGGCUGCAAAUAUUAUUUAUAGAUUCAGUGUAGUCUUGCUGAUUAAAAAUGGUCUUAGUGAUCUUGAAAGAUUUAAAAGUUGUUUUGAGUAAUAUAGUUUGAGCUUUGUAAUGAGAGAUCAUUUUAAGGUAUAGCACAGAAUGAUUAAUAAAGAAUUAAACGUGUGAAUGUACACCUCCAGUGCUUUGAGAUCACAAAUAUUGCAUGAUUCCUUCAUUUGUGUCAUUGUUUCAAGGGCAGCUUUGCUAAAAAGACAUUACCGUAGUGUACUAAACUUUGUAUUUCAGCCAUUUAAAAACCGUAUUUCCUCUUGAUGUACUGGUGAACACUGCCUUUAU